AUGCGGCCUCUGUCUUCACAACUCCUUGCGUUGUCCUAUGGCAUUCUGCUAGGCACAGCACAAGCAGCAGUGAUACCUCGCGAACCCGGCAAGACCUGCAAGAAGACCAAGGUCGCUGUCCUCGGUGCCGGUAUCGCUGGAAUAACGGCUGCUCAGACCCUGCACAAUGCCUCAAUUCAUGAUUUUCUCAUUGUUGAACACAAUGACUACAUUGGCGGCCGAGUCCAGCACACUUCUUUUGGAAAGUCGUCUGACGGCAAACCCUUGACCGUGGAACUCGGCGCCAAUUGGGUUGAAGGACUUGGGUCAAACCCUGUCUGGCGUCUGGCUCAAAAACACAAGGUCAAGAACGUCUACUCGGACUAUGACUCCCUCCUCACCUACGACCAAGACGGACCAGCCGACUAUGCAGAUGCCUUUGAAGAGUUUGACGAGAAGUUCGAUAAGGCAACAAAAGAUGCCGGAUACAUCCAAACCGAGAACCUCCAAGACACUUCGGUGCGUGCAGGCCUCAGUCUCGCAGGAUGGAAGCCUAGGCAGGAUCCCUACAAGCAACUCGCCGACUGGUGGGGAUGGGACUUUGAAACCGCUUAUCCCCCCGAACAAUCCGGUUUUCAAUUCGGAAUUGCUGGAAACAAUGCUACGUUCAAGCAUUUCAGCGAUGAGACCAACCUUGUCAUCGACCAACGCGGCCAUAACGCCUGGAUCAUCGGGGAGGCUAUGGAGUUCCUCACAGAAGACGACCCUCGGCUGCUUCUGAACACGACCGUCAAGAAGAUUCACUACGGCAAAGAAGGCGUUAUCAUUCGAAACGAGGAUGACACCUGUAUCGAGGCCGAAUUUGCGAUCUGCACAUUCUCUGUUGGCGUGUUGCAAAACGACGCCGUCACCUUUGACCCGGUCCUGCCCCGCUGGAAGAGGGAAGCUGUUGAGCAAUUCCAAAUGGGAACGUACACAAAGAUCUUCUUGCAGUUCAAUGAGUCGUUUUGGUCAGACGAGGCACAAUACUUUCUCUAUGCGGAUCCCGAGCGAGGUUAUUACCCGCUAUUCCAGUCGUUGAACGCCAAAGGAUUCCUCGAGGGCUCCAACAUUCUUUUCGCUACCGUGGUUGCCUCGCAGGCGUACAAGGUGGAGUCACAGUCUGACGAAGAAACCAAGGACCAAAUCCUCGAGGUUCUCCGGUCUAUGUUUCCCGACAAGCAUAUCCCCGAGCCAACUGACUUUAUGUAUCCUCGAUGGACCACAACAGAGUGGGCGUAUGGAUCGUACAGCAACUGGCCAGUUGGCAUGACCCUCGAGAAGCAUCAAAACCUUCGCGCCAACGUGAACCGACUGUGGUUCGCAGGUGAGGCCAAUUCUGCAGAGUUCUUUGGAUACAUGCAUGGAGCAUGGUUCGAGGGUCAGGAGGUAGGAGAGAGAAUUGCCAGAAUUAUUAGUGGAAACGAUACCGAAAAGUCGCAGCAGAUGAAGAAGUAUAAGGUCCUUCAUGGAACGACGACGCUGGAUGAAUAUGAUGACUCCAACGGCUGGUCGACACCUUUGGACGACUGA